AUGGGGGACACAAAGCUCUGUCUUUUGCUGCUUCUGUGCACCUUUGCCUUUGCCCAAGAGGAUGUUGAGAGUGCUGAAGAAGAAUCACCACCGUGCUUGUUGGCAAAAAGGUUUAAAAGCUUUAGGAACUAUGUGUACCAGUAUGAAACCGAAGCCCUCAAUGGAGUGAGUGGAACGUCAAACCACAGGAACGGCGCCAAAGCAACUUGUAAGGUCGAGAUCGAUGUGCCUCAGACAUGUAGCUACAUCGUGCGCACCCUGGAGUGCACACUGAGCGAGGUGUCUGACAUCGACCCAGAGGGGCUGCCUGUAUAUGGAUCUGCUGCUGGAGCUGAUGCCUUCCAGGCUGCCAUGGCAAAGAACUCACUGAAGUUGACUGUGGAGGGGGAAUCCCACGUCAGCCUGUUCCCUGAAGAGGAUGAGCCCAUCAACAUCCUGAAUAUCAAGAGAGGAAUCAUCUCUGCCCUCUUGGUGCCUGUGUUAGAGGAGGAUAACAACAAAAAUAUGGCCACUCUGCACGGUAUCUGCAAGACUGACCUUGCUGUCAACACCAGGGAGGACAUUGCUACCGAUGUCACUGUCACAAGAGACCUGUCCCGUUGUGAUGCUUUCACUCCCAAGAAAGACAUUGCCAGCCCCCUGGCACUCAUCUCUGGCCUGCACAUUCCACUCUCCAAACUGAUCAGCAGCACCCAGACCUGCAACUACAAAUUUGACAAUGAGAAGAAGCACAUGACUGAAGGAACCUGCACUGAGAAACACAUCUUGCUGCCUUUCUCUCACCGAGAGCAGAGUGGAGUUUUAACCAUGGUCAAACAGACCUUGGCCCUGCAGGAGACAAGCAAGAUCAAUGAUAGAGUAUUUGACCACAAUGAGGCUAACCUGAAGGCCCUGCCUAUGGAGGCUGUUGAAGAUAAAUCCCCUGCUCAAACUAAGGAUGUUAUUCUGGCCACUCUGAGGGAACUAAGCACCCUGUCUCAGACAAGCCAGGGUAACCGGCGGGCACACCUGUUCCAGAAGCUGGUGACUGAGAUCCGAGGGCUGAAGAGUGAAGCCCUGAGCCCAGCUGUCCCAGAGAUGGUAGAGGUGUCUGGACUCCUGACUUGGCAGGCUUUGGCCCAGUGUGGAACACCCGAAUGCAGCAGUGCCAUCCUACAGAUCCUGCUUACCAUGGAUAAAACUGCUCCGGAGGUUGAUGCUGCCGUUUAUGCUAUGGGGCUCCUGCCCAACCCCACCAACCACUUGGUCCAAGACAUGUUGAGCAUGGCCCAGUACAAACAGAGCAAGCCUAUUCUAUAUGGCCUUAGCAACAUUGUUCGGAGAGUUUACAAGAUUGAGGGCAAGGUCACCCCUGAGAUCACUGCAGUAUCUGAGUACAUGGCCUCCCUGCUGGGUGAUUGCUCUGGUGACAAAGAUCAGACCUUCUUGACCCUGAGGGUUAUUGGUAACAUGGGAGAGGCAAUGGAGGCUGCUAACCCUGCUCUGAAGUCUGCCUUGCUGCACUGUAUGACAGAGCCUGCCGCCACGUCAACUGUCCAACAAGCUGCCAUCCAGGCCUUCAGAAAGCUGACCGUCACUGAGGAGGCUCGUGGUGUACUCCUGCAGACUGUGCUGGAUGGGGAAAGCCCCAUUCAGAAACGUGUGGCUGCCUACCUGGUGCUGAUGAAGAACCCUGAGCCUUCUGACUUGGCUGAGGUGAUAAGCGCUCUGCUAAAAGAGGAGGAUCCACAGGCCAAGAACUUUGUUGCAUCCCACCUGGCCAACAUUCUCAGUUCCACAGACCCUGCAUCUGCCCCGAUGAAAGACAAGAUUGCAGAGGCUCUUCAUGGAAAUGAGGUGCCAGCUGUCAGGGAAUUCAGCAAGAUCUCCCGAAACUACAAGAUGAGUAACAACCUGGAAGGAAAUGUGAUCUUUGACUCCACUGGCUACCUCCCUAAAGAAAUCAUGCUGGAGACUACACUGAAGGCUUUUGGAUACGAACUUGAUGUGUUGGAGGUUGGAUUGGAUGGAAAAGGAUUAGAACCAACCUUUGAGGCCCUAUUUGGACAUGAUGGAUUCUUCCCUGACACCUUGUCAAAGGCCAUUUACUGGGCUGGAGGCAAGAUGCCAGCCUCAGUGAGCACACUUUUACAGAAGAUGAUUCCACCUGAGAAUGGGAGAAUGAGGAGACAGGUGCCUCAGAACAUCCUGAGAGAAAUAAGUCACAAUGUCAACAAACUGAUGAGCGAACUUAAGACCCAGCAGUCUCCCGAUGCCCUGGUUUAUCUGAAACUCUUGGGAUCUGAGCUUGGAUUCAUCAAGACUUCAGAAAUGGAAGAGAUGGCGUACUCUGCUGCCCUGUUAGCUGAUAAUCUUCUCAAGAUGUUUCCUACUGAUAUCAUGAAGCUUCUUUCCAGCACUGAAAAUGAGUUAUUUGUUCACUACAUGUUCAUGGACAAUGAGUUCUUCCUGCCAACUGGGUCUGGUAUGCCUCUGAAAGUCUCUCUUUCUGGUACCUUUGCCCCUGGAGUCAAAGGCGGACUGCACCUAACCCCUGGGCUGGACAUUGCUUUCAUGCCUUCCAUUGGUGUGGAAUUUGUGACAGAGAUGGGUGUUCACAUUCCUGAGCUUCUCAUCUCCAGUAUUGCCAUGCACACCAACAUCUACCAUGAGAGUGCCCUCAAUGCCAAGGUUGCCAUAAGCAACAGCCAGUUCAAGAUUACUGUCCCAGCUCCUCAGGGUACCUCCCGUCUCUUUGAAAUUAGCAACAGACUGCUGUCAGUGACCACCACCAAGUCCAAGAGCCCGUCACCGAUAUCAGAGGACAGAACUGACUUAGUGAAGUGCAUCCCAGUCUUACCUGGCAUGAAGUCCUGUAUCACCCUAAAAUACCCUGGCUCGACUGAUGCUGCUCCCUAUUUCCCACUCACUGGAGAUUCUGAGGUUGCUGUGGAGAUUGAGCCCACUGGUCAGGUGACUGAAUACACUGCCACCAUUGCCUAUGAACACCUAAUGGAGGGAGAGGUUCCAGAAAAGGUGGAUGCCCUGAAGAUUACACUCAUGGCAGAGGGUGCAGAGCCCACGGAAGCUACAGCAGUUAUGAAGUACAACAGGAACACAAAUGUUCUCACCACUGAUGUCCAAAUUCCUGAUUGUGACAUAGAGGCUGGAAUCAGACUUGGCAUCACUGAUGAUAGUGCCAAUGGAAAGGGGAUCAUGAUUGACAUCACCCACAAGAACAUCCCUCAGGUUUCUCUGAUUGGUCAUGCAAAACUUGAGGCAAUGAAGGAUGGUAUGCUGCAGGUCCAGCUGGCCAUACCCUCACUCAAGACCGAUGCUACUGUCACUGCUGCCCUGAAGAGAGCUGAGGACCUAAUUCUGGAGAUCGAGAGCAUCAUCAACAUCCCUGAGACUUCCUCACUGCAGAAAGUCAUUGUCAGAUAUGAUGAAAACAGGAUUGAGGUUGAGCUGAAGUCUGACAUGAGCUCUGAGGUCCAUAAGCUUUUCCAGAAUGUAGAUGAAUACCAGAAGAUCGUCCAGGACAUUCUGGACAUGACAGUGACACAUACUGACAUGACAGUGCGCAAUAUUGUGUCUAAAUCAAUUGAGGCAACCAAUAUCUGGCUGGAAAGUGCUUUUGCUGAUGCCCCUGCUCCCUCCGUUGAGAGUCUGGGACAAAUCCUAGGAUUACACCUGCCUGAGAAACUGUACCUGAAAUCUGAAGGUGCAGUCAAAUACCAAUUCAAUGGCAAUCACAUCACAGUCACUAUUCCUGUGCCUCUGGGUGGAAAGUCAUCAGAGGAUUUGAAUAUCCCCGCCACCCUGACCACUCCAAACCUGCCUGUGCCCCUGACUGGCCUGAUGAUCGCAUCCACGGAGGUCAGCAUCCCCAGCUUCAUCAUACCCCCCAGCUAUGAGCUCUCAUUCCCCCUCCUUGGAAUUGCUGAAGUAUCCGCCAAAGUGAACAGCAAUUUCUACAACUGGGAGGGCCUGGUUUCAGUUGAUGCUCCUGCUCGUACUGCCAAAUACAAUGCUGUGGGUGACUGUCCUGUGGAAAUUCUAUCUUACACAAUUGAUGGCACUGGAGCACUCACCACAACACCUGAAGAAGCCUUGAAGGCCAUCAUCAGCAGUUCUCUGAGCCACAAGUUUGUAGAUGUCAAUGUCAGUCUUGAGGGCAUUGGAAGCAUCACUGACAAAGUAAACAUAAAAACUACUAACAAGAUAGAAGCUUCAAGCCCUCUGGGUCUGCAGACAUCACUUGACUACACUGCCCAUUCUGAAUUUACUCCUGAAGAGCUUUCUGGUGAAGGACAUCUGGAUGGAAUUGUCAGAAUAGGUUCUGUGAAUGCAAAAGCUUCCUCCUCGCAGUCAUUCAUGAUCAACCCCUUCAGCAGAGAGCUGAAAGGAGAGUCAACAUUCAAGUUAGACUCACCCCUCCUCCAGACCCAGAACACAAUAAAGGGUGUGUUUGCCAGUAGCAGUGGCCUGGAAGUGAACACUGAAGGCUCCCUUGUUUUUGGUGUAAGUCAUGGUUCCCAUAAGGCCUUCUUAACUAUUGGUGGUGGUAACCUGGCAACAAGUGGCACCACCACCCUACAGAGUGGCCCCUUGGCAUUAGAGAAUGUCUUCAAUGGGGGAAUCGAUGCCACUGGUACCACACUCUCAGUUAUAUCCAAGGGAUCAAUGCUGGACAUGAAGAUUGAAAAUACAAACUCUCUGGCUCUUACUCUUUCAACAUUAGCCUUCCGCUCACAGACGGACAGCUUUGUCAGUGACAGCAACUCGUAUAAACAUGACAUCAUAGUUGACAUUAAGCCCUACUUAGCUUCUGUUAAUGUGAACAAUGAACUCAGACUCUUGGACAUCAGCUUGAACAAUGAAGGUGUACUAAAACUCCAACCUUACAAGAUUGACUUAACUGGAAGCUUGAAGGGGAAUUUCGGAAAUGAGGAGCUCAGACAUACCUAUGAAAUUAAUUAUGCUGACCUUACUGCAACAAUGAAAUGUAGCACAAAUGGCAAGAUACUGGGAGCUCAUCUGAUCCACAACACUGACUUUGAGGUUGCUGGAUUCACCUCCAAAUUGAACAGUGAGGCUCGCUUUAACUCUCAGAUUCUCCGUGUUGACAAUACUGUCCGUGCACUUGUUGUACCUUUUAGCAUUAGUGUUGACUCCAUUUUCAAUGCUGAUGGUGAUAUGACCUUGUUUGGAAAGCAUACUGGUCAGCUAUAUAGCAAACUGCUCUUGAAGGCAGAGCCCUUGGCUGCAGUCUUUUCACAUGACUGCCGAGCUUCCACCACACAUCAACUGGACAUUGAAGCUUCUGUUGAGACACACUUUGACAACAAGAUUGACAGUCUCCUGACCCCUCAGGAGCAGAAGGGAACAUGGAGGAUGAAAUCCAAGCUGAACAAGCAUGAAUACACCCAGGAAAUUGACAUUUACAACCAACCUGAGAGGAUCGGAGUGGAGUUGUCAGGAACAGUCCUCACAGACUUUCUGAGCCAUCCUGAGAUCCAAGAAUUUAGCAUCUCCAAUUCCCUGAAGUAUGACAAGAGCAGCGACAGCAAUGUCCUUGAGCUGUCAUUAUUUGAGACCUUGCCUGCCAUAUUGGAACAGAUGAAAGCAUCCUUUGUUCAUGCUCUAGAAUCCUUGCAACAGUACAUCAACAGAGAUGAAAUCCGAGCAAGGCUUGAAAAUCUGCCUCAGGCUGUGAGUGACUUUGUUAGAGAGCAGGAUCUGGAGAACAAGGUCAUUGCAGUAAAGGAGAAAAUUAUUGCCCUACUGCAGGAGAAUGCUGUCACUGUGGAAGACUUGGAGGCUUAUCUAGAGAGCAUGAAGAAUGCCAUUGAAUCCAUCCUGGAUAAUGUGGCAGCCAGACUUAAGAGCAUAGUAGAAAGUGAAGCCUGGUCUGAUAACUUCACAGACAUUAUUAUGCGCAUUGGAAAUGCACUGAAGGAAAUUGAUGAUCAGUAUGAGAUCACUGCAACUAUUCUUAGCAUCGUAACUGCUGUUGAGGAUAUCAUUGGGCAGGCCGAUUUGGAGAAACUCAAGGACAGUAGCAUUGCUUGGUUGCAGGAAUAUGAAAUCAAAGUUAAGCUUCAGGAGAGAGUAAGCGAACUGAAGCAGGCGAUUGAAAGCUUUGACUUGGCAGCAUUCAUCCAAGAUCUGAAAAACUUUGUCUCCUCCUUCAAUGUUGGAGGGUACAUUGAAAAGCUUGUUGCACAAAUGCCAACAGAAAUACUGAUCAAAACAGUUGACUCCAUCAAAGGCAUUAUCAUUCGCAUUCUUAACGAAUUACAAAUCACCGACCAAAUCAAUGCUGCCUACACAAAAGUCAGAGAAAUAAUGGCUAAUUAUGAAGUUGACAAGAAAAUCGAACCACUCUUGGAAAAGGUUGUAGAACUACUGAAGCAAUUCAAAAUUGAAGACACAAUUCUGGCAGUAAUUAACAAUGUAAAAUCCAUUGAUCUGCCAGUGUUGUCUGACAAAGCAUUGCAGCUACUGGAUGAUGCAGUGAACCAAUUGAAAACAUCUGAAUUCAAGCAAAUAAUUGACCUGCUCAGUGAAUACAUUGACAUCAUUGUCAAGAAAUUGAAGUCAUUUGAUUACAAUGCCUUUGUUGAUGACGUAAACCCAAAAAUCAGUGAAGUCACAAGUUUUGUGAAUGAGCAGAUUCAAGCAUAUGAGAUCCCACAGAAAACUGAAGCUGUUAGGGAAUUUGUCAUAUGGAUUCAGUCAUCUCUACUUGACAUCCAGAGUUCCCUUCCAGAGAAUGGUCUUCCUGAAAUCAGCCUCCCUGUCAUCACAAUUCCAAAACUCAGUCUGGAGAACUUUGAUAUCACAGCCCUUCAGAUCCCUGAGUUCACAUUGCCCCCAAUCCCCAGUGAGAUAACAGUCCCUGCUUUUGGUAAACUAUAUGGAGAGAUGAGAUUCAAGUUUCCACACUACAGUUUCAGGGCCGCUACUGAGCUCCACAACUCCACAACCAACCCAGCGACUCCACAGAUAACAGCUUACCUCUCAUCACAGGCAACAUCAACUGUGGAUAUUCUUAACUAUGUCCUGGAUGUCACUACACGUGUUGGCUUCCCAAAACUGAGUCGCGUUGUUGUUGCUGAGACAAUUAAAUUCACCCACUCUGCUGCAUCAGUUGAGCACCAGGGUUCGGUCACCAUCUAUGGUCUCUCAGCUCAAGCAUCAGCCAAGACUACUGCCAAAGCGACAACUGCAAUAUAUACUGCAGAACUGGCCAACAAUGCAUUCUUUGCCUUGGAAAGUGGAUUCUCUGCUUCUCUGGAAACCAGCUACAACCAUCUUGCUAACCUCCCAUAUUUUGGCAUGUCAAGUGAAGCCACUAUAACCCAGAAGGCAGGUAGUCGUUUGGAAGGUGGCGCCAUGCAUUUGGCCAUUGAAACCACCGGAAAUGGGAAGUUUACCAUGCCAGAGGACACUGAUGAAAUGACCCACACGAGUAACCUGGACUUCACCAUCAGUAUCAACUCUGCUAAGCUGACCUUUACAGGAAACACAGAUAGCAAAAACCUAAAAAUGAGACAAACUCUAAAUGCUGAUGGCAUUUUAUUUGGGGACAUCACUCUUAACGGCCGUGCUGAGACAGAAGCUCCCUUCAUUAAGAGCAGCCUUGCAGUUGUGAGUGGAAAGGUUGACAUGGGGGACCUGAAAAUUGAACUGAAAGGUUCUCAUGACACCGAGCUUGAUGGGGAAGUAAGUGGAACAAUUUCUAACUCAGUCAACCUUCUAGCUAAUCCCUCUGAAAUUAUUUUUGAUUUACAGAACAAGGGAAAUGCUAAGGCUACUCUCCCCUUUUCAUUGAGUGGAAAGGUUGAUCUGCAGAACGAUUAUGCCAUUACUGUCAAUGCAGAUGUGCAACAGAUUAACUGGGUGGCUUUGUCUCGAUUCAACCAGUACAAAUACUUCCACAAUCUUACAAUGGACAACAAUAAUAAGGAAACUUCCAUUUUUGCAACAGUGAAUGGUGAGGCUAAUCUAAACAUUUUGACCUUCCCAGUGGACAUUCCUGAGGUAACUGUUCCAUUUAUUGGUGUGCGAACCCCAGCUCUCCAUGAAGUAUCUCUGUGGGAAAACACUGGUCUGAAGACCCUGUUGACCACCACUGAACAGACAAUUGACAUUAAUCUCAAGCUUCAGUAUGAGAAGAGCCCAGACAUGAUUUCUAUUGGCAUUGAUUCUAUCACAAUCCCAUCCUUAGGCAACCUGAUAUUUGAUAUUGGACUAAAGUCUCCUGUGAUCUCUCUGAAUGCCAAUGCAGCCUUACAAAACCAGGAAGAUAUCACUGCCCGAUUUGAAGUUUCCUCAACCUCUCUAUUUGACAUUCUUAAAGGUAAACUUGAUGGAACCACUAGCUUGUCUAGGAAGAAGAGGGGCAUCAAAGUUGCCACAGCUUUGUCCUUGGAGCACGAUAAUAUUCAGGGAACCCAUGAUAGCACCAUCAAUCUUAGCAGGAGAGCUAUGGAGGCUUCUCUGGCAACUGUGGCGAAAGUUUCCUUCCAAUUUCUGAACCUGGAAAUCAACCAAGAACUAAUUGGAAGCACUAAGGCUAAGACUAACGUGGACUCUAAGACAAAGCUGAAGUACAGCUUUAACCUUCCACUGAUUGAUGCUCAAGGCAAAGGAGAUAUUGAACAGAACCUGGCCCUGGAGGGACUUUCUGGUCACUUAUCUACUAAAGGAAAGAUUGAGGGAACCAUCCUGGCAAGUGGUAAUUUUGCUGGAGCUCUGAAUAAUGAGGCUAAUAUGUAUUUGGAUGCCAAUGGCCUGCACUCUACUCUGAAGACUGAUGCCAACUCCAAUGGUAACUCUGGGGAGACUAACAUCUGGAGUAUGGACAUGAAGGAGGACCUGACCCUUGACGCAUCUCUAAGCCAUGUGAAUGCUACAUUGGAAUUGAUCUGCAACAACGAAGCUAAUGUGGAAUCAUUAAACACCAAGGGGAAGCAUGUUGCUAAAGGAACAUUUGAGUUCAUUCCUCUGGUAACACUGACUGCAAAUUUGGAUAUUGACAUGUCACAGCCAAGCAGCCUGGGAGAGGCUAGCAUUCUUCAGAAUGUUGCCCUUGAAAUUACUACAGAGAAGCAGAAGCUCAGCCUGAAAGGCAAAGAACAACUUGUAUCUGUUCUGCACACAUACGAUUUGCUGCUGUCCAAUGAUCUGGCAGAAAUUCGAAUGGAGGUCAGUGAAUCCAUUGACGGUCAUGCUGCAAUCCUGAAAGCUAUCACGCUUCCCAUCUACCAGAAAAGCCUUUGGGAUGUGCUGAAAUUUGACAAGGCCACCAGUGAAGAAGAACUGCAGUCUGUCAAUGGCGCAGUCAUUGCAGUGUGCAGCAAGAACCAGGAUGGAUACAUACCUGCUGCUCUGUCCACCACUGUGAAGGUCUCCUCUCCCAUUUACAGCACAACACUGACAGCAAGCCUGACAAACAGUGCACCUGCUUACAUUGCUUCACUUAAGUCCUCUUGCACUUCUACUUUGGCUUUCCUGGCAUAUGAUCUUGAUGCCUCUUCAACUGCAAGCCUUGAGGAUGGUGCCCUGAGCCUGCAAAAUCGGGCUACUUUCAGCCAGAGUGACCUGAAAAUGGACUUGGAACAUCACUUUCCCAAUGUUUUGAGCUCUACCCAUCACACUUUGAACAUCGACGUGAGUGACAUGAGCUUCCGCUAUGUAUCGGGAAAGGACAGUAUCAGUGCUACCAUCUCUGCCCCAACCACUGGAUUUCUUGGAUUGCAGAUGGCAGAUAUGUCUGCACGCCUGUAUGGCAGAUAUCCGUCUGAACCUAAGGUUGAUGUGGAUAUCCUGAAUGUCAAAGCGUCUCAGAGCCUUCAAACUGACUGGAACAAGGAAAUCAUGACAGACAUAUUCCUGGGAUUGAAGGAGAGGUUGCCAGACAUCACUGCCUCCCUGUACAGUACUGUCGACAAGUACCACAGUGAACUCUUUGACAUGGACAUCCGCAGUGCUUCACAAGAGCUUAAGAAUAUAAUCUCUGCCUUAUUUGAGCCGGUUGACCUCCCAGAAACAAGCGAGUUUACCAUUCUCUUUAGGCACCUCAUCACACAGUACCAAAAUACCAUCACGACGGUGCUAGACAAAGUUAUUCAGUUCUUGAGGGAGUUCCAGGUACCUGGGUUGGAAGGAAAGCCCACUUUACCAGUGCUCACCCACAAUGUUAUGAGCUCUGUUUCUGCAGUAAUUGAACAAGCUGUACAAAAGAUCAAUGACUAUCUGGAGCCCUACAUUGAUGCCAUCAUUACCAACUUGAGCACCAUACAAGUAACCAUGCCUGGUUCUGACGAGGCCUUCCCUGCGAGUCAAGUCCUGGAAAACCUCAAAUCCUCCAUAAAGAACAUCCAGAAUACAAUUGUUGGUAUGGUGCGGCAUCUUGAGAGUCCUGAUGUUAUGCUGCAGAAGAUGAUUGACUUGGUCCAGAACUGUGCCAAGAAGGCUGACGAAUUCACUGGUUCCUUGAAGUCAGAUGUUCUGGAUGCAGUUGCUGCCUAUGUAAAUACCAUUUUCAACUGGAUCAAGACAACAUAUGACAAGGUCUAUGCCAACAGGCCCCUGAAGAAGCACCAGCUGGUGAGGAAGAGCCUGCACCUGAGGAAGUACCUGAAGCUGAGGAAGUACCUGCACCCGAGGAAGUACCUGAAGCUGAGGAAGUGCCAGCAGCUGAGGAAGUACCUGCUGCAGAGGAAGUACCUGCACCUGAGGAAGUACCUGCACCUGAGGAAGUACCUGCUGCAGAGGAAGUACCAGCAGCUGAGGAAGUGCCAGCAGCUGAGGAAGUGCCCGAAGCUGAGGAACUGGGAAACUAGAAAAAUCAGAACAAGAUCUGAACAAGUAUGCGAAUACGAAUUGCCUGCCCCCGAGCACACUGAUAUAACUGUGGACUCUGCACCUAACCAUGGAGGUUCUGGGUACAUUGUGCCGAAAGUAGAAGCAAGCAACCUGGAGGCUACACAGAGACAGCAGACUGUGCCUCCAUGCCCAGAAGCAAGUAACAGCACUGGCUGGGUUGGUUGGCGAGCCCCAGGUUCUGCUGGGAGGUCUGGAGAGGGAAAGGUCCCCCGCCCAACACCUUCAGGGCCAGAUAGCGUAGCAUGCCCCAGCCAGGGUGUGGUGAAAGAAGAAAGGUGGCUGGAAGAAUUAACAGCAUCCAACCUCCAACAACCAGCAGAUCCAGGGGUGGAGAGUGCGGUGUAG